GGAUGGUGACAAGACCGCCACCUUCUUCAAGAAUGCAACUCAGUCAUGCAACAACGCCCACCAUGUGGCGGAACGGCAACCAGAUGGACGCCAGAAAGCUCCUUCACUUCUCGCAUUUCGUCGACGGGAAGGUCGAGCACGACCAUGACAAGGUGGACAAAAUCACCCGCGAGUCGGCCAAGACCGGUAUGACCGCGACCAGACUCAGUGAUACAUCAUUCAGCAUCUCCUUUGAAGAGAGUAACAAGACGGCCGACUUCCUCGAAAAUGCCCAGUCUUGUCAGGGAGCGCACAAGGAAGUCGCCCGGCAGCCCGCUAAAGUGAGCGAGCACCACAGGAAGAUACAUUUACACUUCAAGCAUCAUACGACGGUCAACGACGACAAGACCACCAAGACCACCACCGAGGUGGUGGUGGAAUGCCUUGAAGACAUUCUCGAGAUUGCCAGGAAGGCAGUCAUCUGGCUGGUGGACAAGCUGUUCAAAGAUCUCCGACCAUCACCGGAAAGUGACAUUGCAUUUCCACCACCACAGCACGAUCGACAAGGAGACCAAGGAGAAAAAAACCACGACUGAGAUCAUCGCAGAGUGCCUGGACGAUGUCGUCGUCCUCGCCAAGAAGAUUGUCUUCUGGGCAAUCGAAAGACUGCUGAAAAUGUAGACCUGGCGCAUUUCUCUCCGUCCAGCGGUAGCACACUGAACUGUGCCUUUCUAAUGUUUUUGCUUUGCAUGCAGUGUUCCUCUUCUUCCUCUUUUCUCAAUUUUUCCCCUUUUCCCCUCUUUUUCACUUU